CACCAUCUUCACCACAACAGAGUUUUUAAGGGAGUUCCACCAUGGCUUACUCCUCUUUGUUCUCUCUUAGCCUUUGCUUUCUCGUUCUCUUCCAUGGCUGCCUUGCUCAGUUGGAGCAAGUCACAGGUCAAUCCCAAAGGCAGCAGCAACAACGGUUCCAGACCGAGUGCCGCAUCAACAACUUAAACGCUCAAGAACCCGGCCGGCGGAUUGAAUCCGAGGCCGGUCUCUCCGAGUACUGGAACAGAAAUGAUGAACAGUUCCGGUGUGCCGGAGUUGAUCUGGUCCGCCACACUAUCCAACGUAGAGGCCUAUUGUUGCCUUCAUUCUCCAAUGCCCCUCGCCUCGUCUAUGUUGUCCAAGGUAGAGGUCUUCACGGAGCUGCAAUCCCAGGUUGUCCCGAGACGUUCCAAUCGGAAUCCUCAUCACAGUUUAGAGGAGAACAGGGCUCACAACGUCUGAGUAGAGACCAGCACCAGAAGGUUCGAGAGAUCCGGGAGGGUGACGUCGUUGCUAUUCCGGCCGGAGUGGCUCAUUGGAUUUACAACGAUGGCGAAUCCCAGCUUAUUGUCGUGAUACUCUACGACACGUCAAAUCAGGCGAACCAGCUCGACGAAAACGCUAGGAGAUUCUACCUAGCUGGGAACCCACACCAACAACAAGAAGGUGGUCGCCAGAGACGCAGAGAGAGCUGGCCAGGAAGCCGGAGCAGGAGCAGGAGCCAAAGCCCGGAAGAAAGAGAGAGAAGCCAGCAAAGUGGCAGCAACAUAUUCAAUGGCUUCGACGAAGAGUUUCUGGCCGACAGCUUCAACAUUGACAACGAGCUGGCAAUGAGGAUACAGAACCGAGAUGACCAGAGGGGUAUAAUCGUCACCGUCGAGGAUGAGCUUCGGGUGCUGAGCCCACAAAGCAGAGGAGAAGAACAAGAAGAGAGGGGAUUGGACAGAGACAAUGGCGUGGAGGAAACCUUCUGCACGCUGAGGCUCAAACACAACAUCGCCGACCCACAACGCGCUGAUGUUUACAAUGAACGCGGCGGUCGCAUCACCAGCCUCAACAGCUUCAACCUCCCCAUCCUUAGGUACAUCCAGCUAAGUGCCGAGAGAGGUGUCCUCUACAGGAAUGCCCUCGUAGCACCACACUACAACUUGAACUCCCACAGUGUGAUAUACGUAAUCAGGGGCAACGCCAGGCUUCAGGUGGUCGGGGAGAACGGACAGAACGUAUUUGACGGGGAGGUUCGGGAAGGCCAGGCUUUGACAGUGCCACAAAAUUUCGCCGUCAUUAAGAAGGCAGGAAAUCAGGGAUUCGAGUGGGUGGCAUUCAAGACAAACGACAAUGCCAAGAUUAACGCACUUGCUGGAAGGCUGUCGACCAUGCGGGCACUUCCAGAGGAUGUGUUAAUAAACGCAUACCGCAUUGACAGGGAGGAAGCUAGAAGGCUGAAGUAUAAUAGGGACGAGACGACUCUGUUCAGCUCGGACUCAUCCGGGUCGCCUAGGCGUAGGGACUAAGCUUUUGAGUAGCAUGUAAUUUUAAUCAAAGCUGUAGUUGUACUGUUGCAGUUUGUGUAGUUCGUAAUAAAGUCCUCCCUCCUGAGGCUAUGACGUCUGGUUUGGUACCUGUACUGUCGCACUUGUGUAUCUGCGGGAAUGAAAGUACUUAUCUACGAGUUAAGAAUAAUAUUCUCCGUUCCACCUC